AAAUGAAGUUUACAUGACGUGUAAUCUUCAUUAUUUUUAACUGUGUAGGCCUGAAUGCGUCAGCAAAAAAGGUUGAAUUCUGAUCUCGCAAGCCGUGCGGGCCACCCUAAUUUCACAUCACUGAAAAAAAUGUCUGAAAAAUAUGGAGAAACUUUGUCGAAGACACCAUGUAUCUAAAACUGACGGUUUAGGUUUAGACGCAAACAUUUUUGUCUUCCUAGAUAUGGCUUUGGGACCAAUGUGCAUUGCUCACACGUGAGGGGUGCAUAUCUGAGACGUGCAUAUCAGUGGUGAUUCAUCACAACGGGCCAUGCUGCCUAUCGCAUAUGCACAAAGAGAGCUUUUGAAAAGUGCGCGCGCAAACCGUUACCCGGGGAUACCGCCCCCAUUCAUUAUUGCCGGUAACCUAGUGAGACGGUUAGUUUUAUGUUGGAUUGACAAAGCGUCCUUUUCUUGAUUUGGUCGGUCAUUCCGACUUGCGAUUACGAUGACUUCCGCGGAGGCAUGUGAAAUAAUUCGACUGGAACCGGCGGCCAUCAUCGGUUUUGACGGCCAUGUCAUCGCCGGCCUGCGGGUCCACCCGGACCAGAAGCACCUGGUGUUCCCGUUGGGAAAUGAGAUUUCCGUGUACGAGCUGGAAACCAACCGGCAGACGUUCCUGCGCGGUCACACCAACACCAUCUCGACGGUGGACAUUUCCCCGUCGGGUAAAAUGGUAGCCUCGGGACAAACGAACCACAUGGGCUUCCGGGCGUACGUGAUCAUCUGGGACUGGGAGAGCCGCCGAGAGAUUUCCCGCUACGAGCUGCAUCGGGUCAAGGUCCAGUCGCUGUGCUUCUCGUCCAACGAACAGUACCUGGUCAGCCUGGGCGGGAAGGAUUGCGGGUCGAUCAUCGUGUGGGAUAUUGAGCAAAAUAUGGCCAUUUGUGGGGUUACGGCAACUAAAGAAACAACCGGCGAUGCGUUGAAAGUUUGCGGUCUUAAUCAACGUUGGACGACUUUUGUAUCGGGUGGUGAUCAAAAUCUUCGCGUUUGGCACAUCGACCGCGAUCGGAAGCGAUUGAACGUCCAGGAUGUGGCCGUGGGAAAGCUGAGACGGGAAUUCACGGGUAUGUGCAUCACCGAAAACGACGAAAUCCUUUACGUGGGCACCAUGAGUGGCGACAUUGUCAAGAUUCGGCUCAACGUGAGCUCGAAUCCGAAUGCGCCGAUGCCGGACAAGACGCCGGUUAUGUUGGGCUGCUUCGGGAAGCACAACCCAAGGAAACCCGUUGGGAAAGAUUGCGAAAAGUAUCACUACGGGGUGCGCGAUCUGUUGAUCUUGCCCAACGGAAGUUUGAUCAUCGGGGCCGGAGAUGGGACCAUAGAGAUGGUGCACGAGCGGAACGUCAGCUUCAAAAACUACAACAGCCCCACGUGGCCACAGUUGAAGUCGCUUCAAUCAACCAAGGUGGGUGGCGUGAUCACGUCUCUUCAGAUCGUGAAUCAAUACACGUUGCUAAUCGGGACAGAUGGUUGCGAGAUCUACUCGCUGGAACUACAGAAUUUCAAAACCAGUUUGAAGUUGUUGAAAACGUGUCACACCAAUGCUGUUUAUGACAUUGCAUUUCCCUACAAUUUUUCAUUGGUCUUUGCGACUUCGAGUCACGAAUCAAUCCGGAUCUGGUCAACCUCCCGCAUGCAGGAGCUGCUACGGAUCGUUGUGCCGAACUUUGCUUCCUCGUCGAUCGUGUUCAGCCGCGAUGGUAAGAGUAUCAUUUCGGCGUGGAACGAUGGAGUUAUCCGUGCGUUUACGCCCCUGACCGGCAAGCUCAUCUACGCCAUUCCGAACGCGCACAACAAGGGUUGUUCAUCGGUGGCCGUUACGAGCAAUGGGAAGAUCCUCGUCAGCGGUGGAAUUGAGGGGCAAGUGCGAGUUUGGAAGAUCGAACCCUACAUGCAAAGCAUGAUCGGCGUACUCAAAGAGCACUACGGGCCGAUCGAGUCGGUUCACAUCAACAGCUUCGAUACGGAAGUUGUGUCCGCUUCGCGAGACGGAAGCUGCGUAAUUUGGGAUCUGAUUCGAUUGACACGAAAGCACGUGAUCUUUGCCCACACGCAGUUCAUCGCGGCGCAGUACUAUCCGACAGGAGUGCAGAUAUUGACAGCAGGAUCUGACAAGCUCAUCGGAUAUUGGGAAGCAUUCGAUGGCAGUUUAGUGCGGGAGGUUGAAGGAUCAAAGUCCGGCCCGAUCAAUGCCAUCGAUAUGAACAUGACCGGGGAGUACUUCGUUUCGGCUGGUACCGAUCAGGUGGUUCGAUUGUGGGACUAUCAGCUGGGAGUAGAGGUUGCCGUGGGAAUCGGUCAUGCCAGUGCCAUCACGUCAGCUAGGUAUAGCCCGAAUGGAAAGUUUCUGGUGACCGGAUCUAGCGACGGCGGGAUUUUCGUUUGGACGGUUCCCGAGAACUAUCACAUCAAAAUCCCAGCACCGGAAGUGACUUCCGGUGGCAGCGGUAACAACAACCGGACCAAACCCAACACGGACAGUGCCAGCAAGAGAGUGGUUCCAUGCCGUGCCCCCAAAACCAACAACGAAAAUGUCCGGCAGCUGGAAUCGGCCCGAUCAAACCGCUCGAGCCAAAUCACCAACUGUCCGGCCGUGGAUCUCAACGCUCAACCUACAAUCGAUCCUUGCGUCGACACCGCUUCCCUGGCGGACGAUAACGAACAGCAAGAGCAACUGGAGACCAGGUCUGUACACUCGCAGAAAUCGCAGAUUUUCGACCGUUAACUUUGAGAACAUAGUGUUUGCAUUUUAUAUUUCUAUAUUAAUCUACAAGUCAGUUUGAUCAGAAGAGAGAGCUAUUUUUUAUACAAACUUUUAGGGCACAGCAAAGCUUAAUAAUCAUAAUCAUCAUCCAUUUUGAGUAAUC